UAAGUGUGGGGGACGUUUAGUACGCACGUUUACAAAUGCUUGCAUGUAUUCAUAUGCUUAAAGUUUGAAAAUUUUGAAUGGAUUGCACGUUUUGCUCCUCUUGUGUGAUGAUGGUGAAUGAUGAUGAUUGCAUGAUUAUAACCACUUGGAGUAGUGUAUGAAUUCCCCAAAAUUUUAAAAAUUUGAGGGCUCCAAGUUGGCUCAUUCGCAUCAUUCCUACUCAGUGUAGUUUGAAUUGUUAGAUGAUUGGGAUUAUGUGUGUUAUAGGGAAUAGUGUAGCACUACAAGACUUAUUGGUGUAUGAGGAAUUUUACUUCUAUUUCCUCUUGAUUGUGUUGAUAUUGUUUACUAUCUAGGCUAUGACAUGUGUACGGGAGUACGUGACUCUCUCCCCAAAUUUUGAACUCCGAAAAUAUUUGCAAAAAUGUGCUCAAGUUUGAAAAAAUCUUUUGAAAAAUGAGUGUUCUCACGUGAGAUGCAACCAGGCAUAGUCUUUGAGUUAUGACGUCAAAGGACUUCUCUCGGUCAAGAGUGCCAUUUCAGGAUGUGACUGGAGACCUCAUUCUCCUUACACCGGUUUUCCUCUCAUAUUGUAUGAGAAGAGAUAGUGUGCCUCUACGCAAGUCGAUAGAUCUGGGUUCUCGUUUGUACCUCACAUGUGUGGCAACCCGUCUUUCACUAAGACGAGAGAGUAGGUUGAGAAUUGGUGCUUGAGAGAUCGAACUAGCGUCCAAUGCUUCGCCUUUAACACUAUUCCACCCUCUCAACCAUCACUUUCCCCACAUGAGGCUUUAACAGAGAAGUCAAUGUACUUUUGCACUUAGCCACAAGGGAGAGACGCCUUGUUUGAAAAAUUGCAAAGUGUGGUGCCAUGUUCGGCAAAGUUAAGUUGAGGCUCAGAGUUUGAGUUCUCUUUUGAAAUAAAAAGUAGGGGCACCACCAAUGAGUCCAUUGCUUUUCACAUGUUUUUUUAGAGUCCCACGGUGCACACUUGAAAUGUCUAAACCUCUUUAGUAGACAUGGUCCUCAUCCGAGAGAUGUAAAUAACAUUUUCUCGACUAUGAUUGUCUUUGAAAGUGCUACCGAUUAACUAUAAAGCAUACCAUUGUGAUAGUCUAUCAAGUUGUACUGAUUUGAGUUAGGUUUGCUUUGGAAUAAAAAACGCUUAAGUAUGGGGGAGUUGAUGCGUUUUCAUGCAAUAAUCAUCAUCUUUGGCUAGUUGAGAUUAAUUUCGUGCUAUAAUUGCUUCCUAUUGUCACAAUCCUAAGAUUUAGCAUGUCUUUAUCAUUACUUGGCCGUUUGGCAUGAAAUUGUUAAUUGUUACCCUUUUCUAGGCUAAGUUGCAUUUUCUAUCUUAAUUUCAGGUCCUAGUACGAUAAGGAAGAGGCACACCAAGUUUCAUGUCAAUUAGAGGUUGUUUGAGGGGUGAAAAGAAGGUGAAAAAUAAGGCCUUCCAAAGUUCACGACCGGUAACUUCUCCCCAUGCCUGGAAACUUUGAGAGGAUGUCCAGGAUGAGUAUAGAAGGUAUCACGACCCGCCAUGUGGCCACAACGAGCUGGACUAUAAGAAAAGUUUACAGGCACGUUAAAAAUAUUGUGGCUGCAAACUUUCCCCAUGAGUUCACCCCUGACGACAAGAGUUCCCGGCCGUGAACUCUUGUCCCAAGGCUGCGAGCUUCUCCUUCCCAAGAUUUUUCACCUCCUUUCAAAGUUCACGCUCGCGGACUCUUGCAUUGAGGCUGCGAUCUUCCCUUUCCCAUCAAAAGUUUACAACCUCUUGUCAAAGUUCACGGCUGCAAACUUUAGGCUGCGAACUUUGAGUUGUGUGAGUCUACAAAUAGAAGGGGUUGUUUUGAGUAAAGGGGGCAUCCUAGAGAGAGAAACAAAGUAUGAGAAGAUGUAGAGUCAAAGUGACGAGCUUGCAGAGGUUUUUGGUGAUUUCUUCUUCAUCCUAACCCCAAAACAUCUAAGAUUCAAGAAAGGUGAUCAAAGCAAGAAGGAGAAGAAGGAUCUAGCCAUGGAUUUGUCAUAUUCUUCCCAUUUGUACACACACACUCUCUCUCUCUCUCUCUCUCUCUCUCUCUCUCUCUAUAUAUAUAUAUAUAUAUAUGUUUUAGCUUCUCUUGUUGUUUAGGAAGAUGAACCCUAACUUGUAGAUUGGUUAUGGGUCAUGUGUAAGGAUGAUUGUAAACUUAUAUAUCUAUGUCUAAUGGAUGUUUAUUCAUGCUAAUCUCUUGCUUUAGUGUGAGUGAUCUUUGCUUGUUCUUGUCCUAGGAGAGAGAAACACCCUCUUAGGCCAAAGUUAAGGCAUACAUCAAUUAGUGUGGGAUUGUUUAUAUCCCAUUUGCCAUUUGGUUGCAACUUAGAUGAUAUGGAAUCCAUCAUUAUCUUACAUAUGAAUCUAUGACAUGUUUGUGUUUAAUUAGAGUUCUUAAUGCUUCUAAUUAGGGUGCAGAUGUAUGUUGAAUGCCUCUUGCCUUGCUUAGAUGAGCUAGGUCUAACUAGAGGAAGAGGUGACCAUCCCCCUUUGUUAGGAGCUCCUCUAAUUGAUGCUUGUUGGGUAAGUGCAUGACCAUUGACUUACCCGAUUAGUGUGCGGAUGGGUGCAACCCAUUUAGAGGAGUUAGGAAUGAUCUCUAGUAGGGGAAACCGGUUGUUGUGACAUUGGAUCGGAGGACACAACUAGAAGGGGGUCGGUUGCAUGAACAUUGAGCUAGUCCCCAUCUUAGUGACCUCCACACCUCAAAAUCUCAUUUGAUUUUGCUCUUAUUAACCUAUAGCUAGCUAGAGGGAUUCAAAACAUUCUAUUUCUUGUGAUCUGCCUCACUUUUAGUUUUGUUUCUUUGUUUGUUCACACUUAAACCCUCAACCAUCUCUUUUGACUAGAUAGUAGGUCGAUGCCUGGAGUAGUAAUAGAUCUAGAGGGCCCUUGGGAAUACGAACUCGGUCACCACUUACUAGUUCGCUAACUUAGGGUAUAAUUGACCUAGGUUGGGUAGAUAAAGAGUAUUAACCGAGUUUUAGAGCUUGGUUCGGAAUGUGCAUCAAUGACACCGUGAAUCUUCCCUAACUCAGAGAGCCUCGACGCCCUGCAAAUAAAUAAAGUUCAUGAUUCACCCUUAGCCAAAAUUUAUGAUUAACUAUGUGACUGUAAGAAAUUACUAAUUCUUAUUGACUUGUGUCUAUGCUAAUGAUGAAAUAUUUUAAAUGAAUGAAUUGCUUAGUUGUAUUGAUGAAUGAUUAUAGUGAAACUAAAUUGAGAUUUAGAGGAUUAUGAGUGAUUUAAUAAUAUUGAAGUAUAAGUUUAGUCCAUUGUACAUAAUACUCCACUAUUUAUAUAUAUAUAAAAAAUUCAAUAUUUUAUGUUCAAUUCGAACCACCUUUUAUUGUUUGUAGUAUCGCAUUAUUUAAUUUAGUAUAUGGUUAUACUAAUACCAUAUUGAAACAUUUCAGAUUGAGGUUGAUUUUGGUCAUUCUUUAGCAUUUGAGAUAUCAAUAAACUAAUUUCUCAUAGUCAUAGCAUUUAAUUAGUCAUGAAUCUUGAAUUUGAGCAUUCUGUGAACUAGCAUAAAAUAUAUCUACACUAAUAUAAUCAUUUAUUUAUGAUGGCAAAUGGGUGGGGCAGGGCGAGUCGAUCGACUCUUACAUGUCAUUUGAAAAAAAUACACGAAAAAAUAUACUUUUUAUGGUAAACACUUUAUGAAUAAAAAAUAGUUAGAACUGGUAAUUAAGUCUAAUCAGUUGAAAGAUCAACUCUAACUAGUUGAAGAAAAGUAAAAUAGGAUAGAUAUGAAUAGAAAUGGUAAGAAAUGGAAAUAAAAUGGGCAAAGAACA